AUGAUCAUCACCCUCCAGCAAACGAGAAACAUACUGCAACAAUUACUAGGGUCUACGACUCUCGAACGGACCCGAUUGCUGCUUGAUACGUUUGUUCGUGUCGAUGAUCAUGACGUUCUGCUGGUGCAGGAUCAGAUGGACAUCACGUGCGUCAUUGCGAUGCAAACUGCAGUGCAGAAGGCGUGCUUCAAGCAAUGGGGCGACAGUUUAGUCAUGGAUUGGACGCACGGGACUACAACUUAG